CGAAUUCCGUGUCAGUAUGCCAGUUUACAAAAGAGGAUAAAAGAAGGCCUGGUAUUUAGAGAUUUUAUGACUAAGAAAUUUUUGUAAAAUAUAAUAAAUAUCUAGGUCACUGAAAUCAUUAAUGAAAAAUGUUAUUUUAUUUCUAACAGCUUCUUAGACAUUUUUCAUUGGUGUGCUGUGUAGCCGUCAAUUGUUUUUGUAACAGAUGCAACAACACUUACGCAACACUAAGGAUAAGGUUAGGGGCGGGGUAGUUAAUUGCAUGAUUGUGAAUUUCUUCUGCAUUUGUGUUUGCAAUUUCAUUUACUGAAUUAAUCUUAAGAAUGAAACAGGAGUACGUUGGCUAUCAUCAAUGGGCUGUUACAUCAAUUACGUUGUAGUUAAAUUACAUGAGUCAUGUUGUUAAGAUAACUGAAUGUCAUAACAUUCAUAACGAUUAUUGAGUUUAAUAUGCCUGAAAAAUAUUGUGGGUAUCUUUCCAUGGUGCAUAAACGUCUUAAACGGUUUAUAAUUCAUCAUAAUAUGUCAUGAUUAAAAGAUAAUGCUCAGAAGGGGGAGAAUUGCAAUAUGUCAAUACAAGAGAAUAAAAAUGCAGAGUGAACAUAUAGAUUUUGAAAAUUGGAUGGCACAGCUCCCAAACAGCCUUCGUGAAGUUCCUGUUAUUAACUUAGCAAUUCCAGGUUCUCAUGACUCUGGAAGUUGUACAAUUUCUCGUUCAUCUGCUGUGUCCCCUGAUACCUCACCAGUUGUAAAACAACUGUGUAAAAUUUUUGGUGCUGUUGUCAAAAGAUUAGUUUACAAUUGGGUUGUAACUCAACAUUCAUCGAUCACUGAACAGCUUUCAGGAGGAAUUAGGUAUUUGGAUCUUCGAAUAGCUACUAAACAACAUUCAAAAAAUUUAUACUUUGUUCAUGGACUUUACGGAGAUGAGAUAAGUAAUAUAUUGAAAGAUGUAAGAGAAUAUUUAGAUACUCAUGUAAAAGAAAUUGUGAUUUUAGAUUUUCAACAUUUUUAUUCUUUUAGAGAGAACGAUCAUAGUAAUAUGUUGGGUAUUAUUCAUAACACUUUUGGAAGAAAGCUAUGCCCUUGCUUUGAUAAUCUGUAUCAUGUUACUCUAAAUUGGAUGUUUGCACAUGGUUACCAGGUAAUAGUUGUAUACCGCAGUCGAGCAGCAGCAUACAUGCAAACCUGCUGGCCGUCAUCUGCUUGGCCCACACCAUGGCCUAACACAACUGACGUUGAUGAAAUGUUUAAGUUCCUCACCCAAAAAUUAGCUUCUCGCCCUCCCAAUGCAGGGUAUGUCACACAGUGUGUGCUGACACCUGAUGGACCGCUGAUUUUACUUCAUCCAUUCUCUACUCUAGAGCAGAGGUGUGCUUCUAUUUGCAAUACUGCUAGUAUCCCAUGGCUAGAGAAACAGAUUCCAGGGCCAGAAGGAAUCAAUGUUGUUAUCUUUGACUUUUUUGAUAUGGCUAAAAUUCCCUUCUGCCAAACUAUUAUUCAGCUUAAUCACAAACUGUUAAAACAUAAUGUAGAAACAUAAGGAAAAUAAGUUACAUUUAUUGCAGUAAAUAACUGUAUUUGUCCCUGCUUGACAUACAUUUUCACACACAAAUUGACACACUAUGUAAAAUGUAAGGAAGAUACAUAUUCUAUGAAUUUUUUUAAAUUUGUGAGGCAUUCUUUUAAUGGAAGAAAAGGUAAUAGAUUAGUUUGGGUAGUGCCCACCCCUUUGUUUGGGUAGUGUCCUCGCAGCACCCAGUUUUCUCUUCAUUCUGACACCUUUCAGAAGAAAGUUGUGCUUCAGAGUUCCACUCACUUGUCCAUUUGAUUGUCAGAUUUUCAGCACUUUUUUUCCCUUGGAUAUCACAGAGAGAUUAUAUUGUUAUUGCCUUUUUAUUACGAAAGAGUACAUUUAAAAUCUAGUGGAAAUUAUUUUUUAGUUAGAUUUACAACUUUUAUAUUGAUGUUCUCUUACUGUUUGUAGCUCUGUUGUUGUUGCACAUAAUACAUCUGUAUGAGCAGAUGCCAGUGAUAUAAAUUAAGCUAAAUAAAAUUCCUGACCAAUAGGUGGAUAGGAAUGUGCAAAUUUCACAUAAAGGUUUGGUGAAAUCAAAUUGACAUAGUUAGCAAAUUCUGCAAAAGCAAGGUGUUAAAAAUGAAAGAAAUUCAUACUCUGUUCAAAUAAUUAAUACUCACAUAAUUACUCUUCUUUUGUGCUAUAACUGUUUUAAAUGUAUGUGAAAAUAAUGUAUUUAAAUAUUUGAAUAGUCCAUCUGUGUGUAAUAUAACUUAUUGUGAAAAAUUACACAUUCUUGUCCAAGUCAGAGCACAGUGGCUGGUUCCACUAUAAACAGUAUUUCUUACAGACCAAAGAUACUGGCAACAGUACAAAUAGCUAGCAGCAGGUUCUGCUGUAGUUGUUAUAAUUUACAUUGUUCAUCUUGUUAAUUGGAAUUGAUAGACAUUUAUAAACACAUUAUACACUUAUACAAAAUAUUAUGAGAUUAUGAGGAAUGAUAAAUCUAUUUCAGAAAUUGUUAUACAAAAUAAAUAGUCUCACUUUUUUAUCUCUAUGUUCUACUUAAGAAAGAACAGUUCAUCUUUCAAGUCAUCUUCUUACACUACUAGGCUAGGAAUAAUGUGAUUGUAAUUCUGAAAAAUAAAGAAACUGAAGUUAAUGAAUUUUCUUUACCUUUUUUCUGAUGGGGAAAUUACCAUAACUUGUCUUAUCUCCAGAAUGUAUUUUGUUUUUAUUUUACCAGUUUAGUUUUCUUCAUUAUUUUUAUCAUAGUUUUGAUACGUUAUGAUGACCACUAAAUUCUCUUGUGAGGAAAAUGUUUCAUUUAAGAAAAAUAUAUAAAAUAUUUUUGCUUAGAUCAGUUAAAGUAAUUUUAAAAAUUUUGUCUUCUAUUGAACAUACAAUAUGUGUAGUAUAAGGUGAUUAUUGAAUAUCAUAACCUUUACAAAAAUUGUUACAAAAUGGCAAGCGAUGAUUUUGCUUACUUCGUGGCGAGAGAAAAAAAUUAUAAUUAUUAAUAUGAUAAUAUUAAAGUCCCAUUAAGUUCCAAAAACAAAUGAAAGCAUUAUUUAAGAUGAAAAAAUUUCCAUGACCAUAAUUACAGAACUUCUUCCAAAACAAUUGUUUUUUGACCCAAUGUUGUUGUAUAUAAAUCAUGGAUGAAUGAAGUUAUUAAUUUAUUAAGUUUUGAAGCGAUUUUUUUUUUCUUUUUCACUUUCCAACAUCCAAAUUAUUUUUAUUUCUUGAUACAUCUAUCUACAACUCUUUAAAAUUAUGUUGACAGAACUUUUCUGAGAAAUACAACAAUAAUGACCUUUUUGUACACGCAAUAUAAAAUAUUAUGAGCAUUUCAGAAACUUUCUUGCUUAAUACUGUUUUUAUUAGAGACAUAAAUUAUUGGAAGAAAGAAAAAAAAUGUCAAUAGAUAAGAUGAGAUCAAUAAUUAAUGUAAUUUUUGAGUUUCCAAGAUCUGUGACAUAAAUCGUGUCAAUGUUGUUCAAACCUUUUGCUAAGAAGUAGACAUCAUGUUUGGUAUCCACAAUGUAGUUUUAUUUUUAGUAUUGCAUACUGCCUGCCGAAUAAACUGCUACAAUUUAGAAAAAACUGUAGAAUAAAUGAAAUGAUGGUUGUACUACAAAGUUGUUUGAAAACAAGUUUUUUUUAAUGAUGAAAUGAUACUACAAGAAUAUAUUAUCUGUUAGGAAUCAAAAUAGCCACAAAGGAAUUUUGCACACUUUUAAUUCAUUCACACAUUUUCUGAUAAAUGAACAUCCCAUUCCCAAGACUAUGAACACAAAUGGAGUGUAAAAUGUACUGAUAGUAUGAUGUAAAAAAUAAAAUUUUAUCAAACUAACAGUUAUUGGCACAGAAGAAUAUGGUUGAACACAAUGGGUAGCAUCCCACACAAGAGUAACAUCUUCAGUGUCUUACUGAUUAAGAAUUUAGUUUAUUUCUAUCAUCAGCAACAAAUGUGUCUGACUGAAUUGAAUGGUGAUAGAUAUCCAUCUUCCCUAUCCUGAUAAAAUUUGGUAUCAUGGACAUCAUUUGAUAGUGUUGUACUUCUGACCAGGUACUUACGAGACACCGAAUUCUGAAUCCUCUCAGGAAGGAGAGCAAGGAUAAAUGCAGGAAGAGCAGGAAACACACAUCACCGAAAACAACGCCUUACAUGGUCAGAAUACUCUCACCAGUAAUCCCCUACAGCACUGUAACAGUCCUUUUUGUAAGGUACUAUUCUGACCGCAUUCUCCGUUCAACCAACGCCGGACCUUUCACUUGCAAAUCACGUAUUGCUUUCUCUUGAACGCACACCGUUUUUACCCUGAGCGGGCCGCCGCGCCGCCUAGACGAACCACGAAUCGCCUGCUGCCGCCGCCGCCGCUGCUGCUGCUGCUACGGCGAGUGGAGCCGUGCGGCGGAGGCGCCCGGGA